CACAGCUGACCACAACCGGAGAUGUCGGGGCACCGGGCCGGUAGGAUCACCGACGACGAGAUCAACGAGCUCAUCUCCAAGCUUCAGUCCCUCCUCCCUGAGUCAUCCGGCCGCAGAGCCGCCAGUCGGUCGUCGGCGUCAAAGCUGCUGCAGGAGACGUGCCGGUACAUCAGGAGCCUCAACCGGGAGGCCGACGACCUCAGCAACCGGCUGAAGGAGCUCAUGGCGACCAUGGACGGCGACAGCCCCCAGGCCGACAUCAUCCGCAGCCUCCUCCGCUCGCUCUAGCUAGAAUAACUGGCCCUUAGAAGCAAUGGAUAAUGGAGAAGGAGAAGCCUCUUCAGAUCGGCAGGCAUUAAUGAGUUACUCUUAUUAGUGUCUAUACGGCCCUUUCGUUUACAUCGGCUCUGCUGUGCAUGUGUGUACUUGCAGUAUAUAUGUGGUUUGUGGUUCGUGAAGGUUGAAGAAGCACAAACAAGAGAAUCACGUACUUGCAGUAUAUAUGUGGUGCAAAUUAGGGUCAUUUCUGUUGUUAGCGUGCUAAUGUGGUG